CUGCAGUCCCAGGGCUGAGAGAUGCUGGGACUGAGCUCUUGAUGUUGGUCCCAAGGACUGUGCUCACAGCUGCCUGUCCCCCCUUCUCCUCCAGGAGUGGGCAGAGGAGGAUUUUGGAUGUCUUUUCCCUAUUAGGAGAGGCGGGUUCAGUGCUGACUUGGGUUCUGCAGAGGAGACAGCUCUCUCCUUCCCUGCUCACUCCCUCUGUCUCUUUACUGGGGUCCUAGUUUUGCAGCCUGGUACAAGGACCCUGGAUGGAUUGCAAGCCUUAGGGAAGCACUGUAUGGAAUUCCCCCUGACUCUCCUUCUGUUCUAGGUGUCGAUGAUGGUCCGGUUUCUGAUCGGUUUAUUGCUUCCGGUACUGGUCUUCGCCGCUUCGCCUCCCAUUAAUAGGUUGGCACUUUUUCCAGAUAAAAGUGCCUGGUGCGAGGCUAAAAUCAUCACACAAAUAGUGGGGCACAGCGGCUGUGAGUCCAAGUCUAUCCAGAACAGGGCCUGCCUCGGUCAGUGCUUCAGUUACAGCGUCCCAAACACCUUCCCUCAGUCGACGGAGUCUCUGGUGCACUGCGACUCGUGUAUGCCGGCCAAGUCCAUGUGGGAUGUGGUCACGUUGGAGUGUCCAGGGAACGAGGAGGUCCCCCGGGUGGACAAGCUGGUGGAGAAGAUCUUACGUUGCAGCUGUCAGGCAUGUGGCAAGGAACUGAGCCAAGAAGGCGCUAUGUUUAACGUCUACCUCAACACCGCCGAGGAGGCGCUGUCCCCUGCCGAGAACAUCGGGCGACACCAGCACCAGCAGGAAGAGGACACCCCCCCUACCGCUCAGCGGGAUGGAGAAAGUGAGGAAUAAGCGGGUGUCCAGCCAAAAAGACUGCUGCGCCAAGACAAUGCUGCGCCCCCAUCCAGAGACUAAGCCUGGGACCACCACACGGACUAACCAUCCAUCUGACUCUUCCAUGGUGCACGUCUAUAGCCAGUGGUUUACAGUAUACGGUCGAUCUCUGAACCCAGUGACAUCCGUAUCCUGGACUGAUCCUGAGUGUAUGCCUCGUAUACUCCAGUCACAUCCAAAGCUGCAUUCUUCUUCUGAGCUGUAGGAUCUUAAAGGGCUUUUCCAGGAAAAAAAAAAAAUUGGCCAGAAAGGGUGUAAAAUGAAAAAGAAUCAUUCCUCACCUCACCGAUCCACCCACCGCAGCAGUUCCCAGGUCUUCUCCAUUCCCCUCUGCUCUCCACUUCCUGGAAAUACCAGGAAAGGACCAAUGACUGGCUGGGCCGGUUUACCACUACCACCAGUGAUUGGCUGAGGAACAGGAAGUGAAGAGCAGCAGGAACCAGAGCAGCAGUGGAACUGAAUGGUGGCGGGGGUCAGUAGAGGUGAGUGUGACCCUUUUUUUUAACCCUCAAUGGCCUUUUUAAAAGAAAAUUCUCUGGAAAACCCCUUUAAAUCUCAAAGCUGGUCCAGUGUAUGCCAAACAGCAGUGCAUCACUGACAACCACUGCAACCAUUGCAGCGUUCUUAGGAGUUGUCACCCAGCAAUCCACAGACAGAUUAUUUUUUUACUUUUUGUCUAUAACCGCUUAUUCCUUCUCUACCACUGCUCUGCUUGCGCGAAUGUCAGUCUUCACUGCCAUUCCUUUGCAUUCUAUUCAUGAAAUGGGAAUUUUCAGAGGAAUAGUGCUGCUGCAUGGCAUUGUGGGAGAGCACAUACCAUAAUAACUGGGAAUGUAAAUUGUAGGAAGAAUACAUUAUUAUGGUUGUCAUCAGUAUGGCGGUAAGUAGUCAUCAAGGUGUCAGAAAUCAUCUUCACUAAAUCAUUUCCGUUCUUUUCAAUGGUUUUGUAUGAAAAGUGGGGCCUCCUGCUGGCGGUGCGUAAGAACUGCAUACGCCUGCCUACUCCACUGUCGUCAGUGCGGGAUCUGUUAUAAUCACACACCGACUGAUUCGAUUAAGGUGGCGUCAUGGAUUCAUCCGU